AUGAACUUCAGCAUUGUUAGUGAGUUUAUGAUUUUGGGACUUACUCAAAAAUCUGAACUUCAGGGAAUACUUUUCAUUGUUUUCCUUUUUAUCUACCUUGUAGCUCUUCUUGGUAAUUUGCUAAUUGUUGUUGCCAUAAUCUAUAACACCACCUUGCACACACCCAUGUAUAUUCUCCUUCUGGCCCUGGCUGUGGUGGACAUAAUCUGUACUACAAGCAUCAUCCCAAAAAUGUUGGGAACAAUGUUAACUUCAGAAAAUUCGAUUUCAUAUUGGGGCUGCAUGUCCCAGCUCUUCUUUUUUACAUGGUCCGUAGGGGCUGAGAUGGUGCUCUUCACUACCAUGGCCUAUGACCGCUAUGUGGCCAUUUGCUUCCCACUUCGGUAUACUACUAUUAUGAACCACUAUACAUGUGUAGCCUUGCUCAGCAUUGUCAUGGCUAUUGCAGUAACCAAUUCCUGGGUUCACACUGGUCUUAUUCUAAGGCUGACUUUCUGUGGGCCAAAUACCAUUGAUCACUUCUUCUGUGAAAUACCCCCACUGCUUGCUUUGUCCUGCAGUCCUGUAAGAGUUAAUGAAGUGAUGGUAUAUGUUGCUGAUAUCACACUUGCUGUGGGAGACUUCACUCUAACCUGCAUUUCCUAUGGAUUUAUUAUUGCUGCUAUUCUUCGCAUCCGUACCACAGAAGGCAAGAAGAAGGCCUUCUCUACGUGCUCAUCUCACCUCAUGGUGGUGUCCCUUUACUAUUCUCCCGUAAUCUACACCUACAUUCGACCUGCAUCCAGCUAUACCUUUGAGAAAGACAAGGUAGUAGCUGCACUAUAUACUUUAGUAACUCCUACAUUGAAUCCAAUAGUAUACAGCUUUCGAAACAAGGAGAUGCAGUCAGGAAUUAGGAAAGUAUUUGCAUUUUUAAAAGGUUAA